GAGAAAUUCCAUCAUCUGUGCAGUCUUCUCCAUGCAGACCAAGACCAGAGGGAGGAUCAUCCUUGACCUUUGAAGACCAAGACUAAACUGAAAUUUAAAAUGUUCUUCAGAGGGGACGGGAGCUUGACUUAUACUUUGGUGAUAAUUUGUUUCCUGACACUAAGGCUGUCUGCCAGUCAGAAGUGCCUCACCAAGAGUCUAGAAGAUGUUAUCAUUGACAUCCAGUCAUCUCUUUCUAAGGGAAUCAGAGGCAAUGAGCCCAUACAUACAUUAACUCAGGAAGACUGCAUUAAUUCUUGCUGUUCAACAAAAAACAUCUCAGGGGACAAAGCAUGUAACUUGAUGAUCUUCGACACUCGAAAAACAACUGGACAACCCAACUGCUACCUAUUUUUCUGUCCCAGUGAGGAAGCCUGUCCACUGAAACCAGCAAAAGGACUUAUGAGUUACAGGAUAAUUAGAGAUAUUCCACCUUUGGCCAGAACUGACUCGCCAAGCCAGGCGUUAGCCCGAGAAGGUUCUCUCUCACGUGGCCGGUCUCCACAAGCCGUCACUGCCCCACCGCCGCCUCCUCUGCUGGGAUAUUCAAAACCCGCCGACGACUCACGGGGAGAUGCUGUUUCUCAGACGUUUGGAUCCUCAGAUCACUUGGAGAAAGCAUCCAAGAUUGACCAAGCAAGUCCCCAGAUCCCUGUUUAUGAAGAAAAAACCCAUUCUCAGAGUUCACAGUUUUCCUCAGGAAAAGAAAUAGCUCCUCUGCUGCCUAAAAACGUGGCUGCCACGCCAACGACAGUGGCUGUCAUUUCUCUACCCACCUGGGCUCCUCUGGAGCCUGCAGUUCCUGCCCCCACCAAUGCUUCGGUGAUACCUUCUGGGACUCCUCGGCCGCCGCUGGCCACCACAGCUCCCCCCGUAACCACUGUCACUGCUCAGGGUCCCUCGGCUCUCAUUUCUGCAGUUUUCACUCUGGCUGUGGUUACACCUCAAGCCAUGGCUACGACGGCAGUCCCGACUACCAUCUCUCAGGCUCCUGUGGCCUUGAAAGGCACCCCAGAAACAGUCCCCUUUAGAGAGAUCUCCAACCUAACUCUGAGCACAGAGGGUGUACAUAACCCUGCUACACUUUCUUUGUCAAAUGUGGAGUCUUCUGCUACGAAUCAUACUGCUUCCUGGGAAGAUGGGAAGGCCAGUCCGGGCAGUUCCUCACUGAGCAGUGUCCCCACAAACCAGUGUGAGCUUCCAUUUGAAAAGUGGCUUCUCAUUGGGACCCUGGUCUUUGGUGUUCUGUUCCUGGUGAUAGGUCUUGUCCUCUUGGGUAGAAUGCUCUCAGAAUCCCUCCGCAGGAAACGUUACUCGAGACUUGAUUAUUUGAUCAAUGGGAUCUACGUUGACCUCUAAGUAUGAAACUCAGUGUCUCUUAAUUCAUUUAGUAACUGUAAUGGAAGCCAAGUGCAGUGAGUUUCUGUUGACUUGCUAAUCUUAGCAGGAGGUUGUAUUUUGAAAACAAAUAUGCCCCCUUCUACUUUCUUUGUGUUUGUGUUUUGAGGCCAAGGGAAAGGAA